UCUCCGAGGACCUGGGCGCGGAGAAGUUCUGUGUGGACGCCGGCCCGGCGGCGGGCAGCUGGCUCAAGUACAUCCGUGUGGCGUGCUCCUGUGACGACCAGAACCUCACCAUGUGCCAGAUCAACGAGCAGAUUUACUAUAAGGUCAUCAAGGACAUCGAGCCAGGCGAGGAGCUGCUGGUGCACGUGAGGGAAGGCGCCUACUCCCUGGGCGCCGUGCCGCCCGCCCUGGAUGGGGAGCCCGCCUUCCGCUGUGAGGACUGUGAGGAGCUCUUCCAGUCCAAGCUGGACCUGCGGCGCCACAAGAAGUAUGCGUGCGGCGUGGUGGCAGCCGCGCUGGACGAGGGCCUGGCCGAGGGGCUGCAGCCCCAGGGCCUCGGCGGGGGCGGCGACGGGCAGGCCCACGAGUGCAAGGACUGCGAGAGGAUGUUCCCCAACAAGUACAGCCUGGAGCAGCACAUGGUGGUGCACACGGAGGAGCGGGAGUACAAGUGUGACCAGUGCCCCAAGGCCUUCAACUGGAAGUCCAACCUCAUCCGCCACCAGAUGUCCCAUGACAGCGGCAAGCGCUUCGAGUGUGAGAACUGCGUGAAGGUGUUCACCGACCCCAGCAACCUGCAGAGGCACAUCCGCUCGCAGCACGUGGGCGCCCGGGCGCACGCCUGCCCCGACUGCGGCAAGACCUUCGCCACCUCGUCCGGCCUGAAGCAACACAAACACAUCCACAGCACUGUCAAGCCCUUCAUAUGUGAGGUCUGCCACAAGUCCUACACGCAGUUCUCCAACCUGUGCCGGCACAAGCGCAUGCACGCCGACUGCCGCACGCAGAUCAAGUGCAAGGACUGCGGGCAGAUGUUCAGCACCACCUCCUCGCUCAACAAGCACCGGCGCUUCUGCGAGGGCAAGAACCAUUACACGCCGGGCGGCAUCUUUGCCCCAGGCCUGCCCCUGACCCCCAGCCCCAUCAUGGACAAGGCGAAGCCCUCCCCCAACCUCAACCACGCCGGCCUGGGCUUCGGCGAGUACUUCCCCUCCAGGCCGUGCCCCGGGAGCCUCCCCUUCUCCACGGCGCCCCCGGCCUUCCCGGCCCUCACCCCCAGUUUCCCCGGCAUCUUCCCUCCGUCCCUGUACCCCCGGCCGCCGCUGCUACCUCCCACGCCGCUGCUCAAGGGCCCGCUGAACCACACCCAGGACGCCAAGCUCCCCAGCCCCCUGGGGAACCCGGCCCUGCCCCUCGUCUCGGCCGUCGGCAACAGCGGCCAGGGCGCUGCGGCGUCCGCAGGGCCCGAGGAGAAGCCGGAGGGCUGCCUGGAGGAGGCGCUGGUGGAGAAGCUCAAGACCAGGAGCAGCGACCUGUCGGACGGCAGCGACUUCGAGGACAUCAACACCACCACGGGGACCGACCUGGACACCACCACGGGGACCGGCUCGGACCUGGACAGCGACGUGGACAGCGACCGCGACAGGGGCCAGGGCGCCGGCAAGCCGGCUGAGGGCAAGCCCGCGUUUGGGGGCGGCCCGGCGCCCGCGGGGACGGCCAACAGCGUGGCCGAGGUGCCCGUCUUCUACCCCCAGCACUCCUUCUUCCCGCCGCCCGACGAGCAGCUGCUGACGGCCUCGGCCGCCGCCGGGGACUCCAUCAAGGCCAUCGCGUCCAUCGCCGAGAAGUACUUCGGCCCCGGGCUGAUGGGGAUGCAGGAGAAGAAGCUGGGCGCGCUGCCCUACCACUCGGUGUUCCCCUUCCAGCUGCUGCCCAGCUUCCCCCACUCGCUCUACCCCUUCACGGACCGCGCCCUCACCCACAACCUGCUGGUCAAGGCCGAGGCCAGGGCCCCCCGCGACGCCCUCAAGGCGGGCGGCCCCAGCACCGAGUGCCCCUUCGACCUCACCACCAAGCCAAAGGACACGAAGCCCGUCCUGCCCGCGCCCAGGGCGGCCCCGGCCCCCGUGUGCGGCGAGGAGCAGCCGCUGGACCUCAGCAUCGGCAGCCGGGCCCGCGCCAGCCAGAAUGGGGGCGGCCGGGAGCCCCGGAAGAACCACGUCUACGGCGAGCGGAAGCCGGGGGCCGGCGAGGGGCUGCCCAAGGCGUGCCCGGCGCAGCUGCCCCAACAGCCGUCCCUGCACUACGCCAAGCCCUCGCCCUUCUUCAUGGACCCCAUCUACAGCAGGGUGGAGAAGCGGAAGGUGGUGGACCCCGUGGGAGUCCUGAAGGAGAAGCACCUGCGGCCGUCUCCGCUGCUCUUCCACCCCCAGAUGUCAGCCAUCGAGACCAUGACGGAGAAGCUGGAGAGCUUCGCGGCCAUGAAAGCCGACUCGGGCAGCUCCCUGCAGCCCCUCCCCCACCACCCCUUCAGCUUCCGGUCCCCGCCCCCGACACUCUCGGACCCCACCCUCAGAAAGGGCAAGGAGCGGUACACCUGCAGGUACUGCGGGAAGAUCUUCCCCAGGUCAGCCAAUCUCACCAGACACCUGAGGACACACACCGGGGAGCAGCCGUACAGGUGUAAGUACUGCGACCGCUCGUUCAGCAUCUCGUCCAACCUGCAGCGGCACGUGCGCAACAUCCACAACAAGGAGAAGCCCUUCAAGUGCCACCUGUGCAACCGCUGCUUCGGGCAGCAGACCAACCUGGACCGCCACCUCAAGAAGCACGAGCACGAGAGCACGCCAGUGAGCCAGCACUCCGGCGUCGUCACGAACCACCUGGGCACCAGCGCCUCCUCCCCCACCUCGGAGUCGGACCAGCACGCACUUUUAGACGAGAAGGAAGACUCCUAUUUCUCUGAGAUCAGAAACUUCAUCGCCAACAGCGAGCUGAGCCAAGCGUCCACGCGCACAGACAAGCGGCCGGCGGUCCAGGACCUGGACGGGAGCCCCCAGUGUCCGGGCUUGGCCAGCGAGAAGCCGGAGGACGGGGAGGAGGAGGAGGAGGAGGAGCUGGAGGAGGACGAGGACAGCCUGGCCGGGAAGUCCCAGGAGGACGCCGUGUCGCCCACGCCCGAGCCCCAGGGCACCUACGACGAUGAGGAGGACGAGGAGCCGCCCGCCUCCUUGGCCUUGGGCUUUGACCACACCCGAAGGUGUGUUGAGGAGCGCGAAGGCGGCCUGUUAGCUCUGGAGCCAAUGCCGACCUUCGGGAAGGGGCUGGACCUCCGCAGAGCCGCAGAGGAAGC